GACGUAAUGGCAACGGUCCGUUUCCGGGGUGGAGCCAGGGAGGGCGGGAGUUUAGGCUGCGCUGACCCCUCACAGCCCCCCCUCCAGGAGACGUUCGGAGCCCAGGACAUGUCGGGAAUGAGGAGAUACGAGGUGGCGCUGGAGGCGGAGGAGGAGAUCUACUGGGGCUGUUUCUACUUUUUCCCCUGGCUGCGCAUGUGGCGGAGGGAGCGGAGCUCAGCGCACCCCGGGGAGCAGAAGCUGGAGCCUCUGCGAGGCCUGAUGAGCUGUCUGUCUAGCGGCCUGGGCCCUGCUCCCCAGCGCUCGGGUCGUGGCCUCCCCCACCGCAGCCCCGCCGCCGCUGCCCAGCCAGCCAGUGCAUUAAAGAUUUAAACCGAA